AUGCCCCGGAUCGUGUUGGAUCCUGCAGUCCUUCCACUCCAGUACCCCAAGGCAUCAACAGCGAAAGUACAGAAAGUACGCAUUGUGGCUCAAGUCAGCGAACACAAACCACCUAACUUGUUCUUGGUGAGAGUUCCAAAUCUUCCAGAACUACACACUCAGGUAGUGCUAGACGGAGCACCAGCAAAGCCCGAGCCUGUGCCUAUAAACAUUGAGAAUUUGCACGUCGCAGGUGAUUGUCUACGAAAAGGCACCAUUGUUUCUGUUUGGGGUACUUACGAUGGAGAUUCGGUGACAGCGUGGGAGUGUAAACCUGCUAACGGGCAGGAGUUGCUAGAUGGAGGGAGUGAAGUACUUGCGGAGGCGUCGAAUCUUGUUGAUCUUUGA